AUGCCGAAGCGCGUUCUUUUCGUAUGCAGCCACAAUGCGAAUCGCUCGAUCGCCGCCGAAGCGAUCGCCCGCCAUCUGCGGCCAGAGCUCGAAGUCGAAAGCGCAGGCGUGGAUGCCGCAGGGAAGCUGAAUCCGGUCAUGAUCGAGGCUCUCAAGACACGUGGCUAUCCCACUGACCAUGCUCGCUCCAAGGGUAUUGCAGAUGAGACGAUUGGGGGCCUGGAGAACAAUUGGGAUCUUAUCGUCAUGAUGGGCUGUCUGCCGAACCUACCCAAGGUGGACCUGCCUGAGACGACCACUGUAGAGGAUUGGGGUCUACCUGACCCCGCUGCACACCCUGAGUUGAUGGAUUCUGUGAUUGAGAAGAUUGUGGAAAAGGUGAAAGCCAUUUAA